AUGUCUUCCCUAGAGAUAAAUGGCAAUGACGCAGCUCCAAGGACAGGCAUAAAGGUCAUAAUCAUUGGCGCAGGGUUCGGUGGUCUCUCCACGGCAAUCGAAUGCAUUCGACAUGGUCACACACCCGUUAUCUACGAAUCCUUUCCGGAGCUCAAGAUACUCGGCGACAUAAUCACAUCUGGGCCUAACGCUGGCCGUAUCUUCGCACGCUGGAGCGGCGGUCGCAUUGCGCGUGAGAUGCGCAAGGUAUCCAUCGACUUGACAAAUUAUGGCUUCAACAUCCACAAGUGGGAUACUGGGGAAAUAGUACUCAACCAAAAGACCCCGCCGCGCGACGAGACAGCACCCAACUUCAACGGGCAUAGGGGCGAGCUGCACGAGAUUGUCUUUGACUACGCCCGGGAAAUUGGUGUCGAAAUCAAUCUGGGCCAUAGAGUCGAGCAGUACUGGGAGAACGACAACGAAGCAGGUAUUGUUCUUGAGGACGGUACCAAGGUGACUGGUGACGUCGUAGUCGCAAGCGAUGGCGUGAGAAGCAAAGCCAGAACACUGGUGCUUGGAUAUGAAGACAGGCCAAAAAGCAGCGGAUAUGCAGUUUGGAGAGCGUGGUUCCCCAACAAAGACAUGAUUGCCGAUCCGGAAACAAAGCAUUUCUGCGACAAUGGUGAUACAUUCAACGGCUGGAUCGGCCCAGACGUUCACUUCCUGUUCAGCACCAUAAAAAACGGCAGUGACUGUUGCUGGGUCCUCACGCACCGCGACUCCCACGACAUAGACGAGUCGUGGUCAUUCCCUGGCUACCUCAACGACGUGCGCACCGUCCUCGAAGGCUGGGACCCCAUGUGCUGGAAAAUCGUUUCAAAGACACCAGAAGAGAAACUGGUGGAUUGGAAGCUCGUGUACCGAGACCCCUUGCCCAACUGGGUCUCUGGCUAUGGCUCUGCGCCAGGACAUGGUCGCAUCUGUCUCUUAGGAGACGCCGCGCAUCCGUUCUUACCGACGAGUGCACAAGGCGCGACGCAAGCGUUGGAAGACGCUGUUACGAUUGCAGUACUCCUGAGGAAAGCGGGCAAAGAAAAUGUGAAGGCUGCGCUAAGAGCGUACCAAGAUGUGCGAUAUGAGCGUGUGAAGGCGGUGCAGAAAACGGGAGAGACAACGAGAGAUAGGUGGCAUAAAACGGAUUGGGAAGAGGUGAAGAAAGAUCCGACGCUUAUCCAGUUUCCGAGGGAAGACUGGAUAUUCCUGCAUGAUGCGCAGAAGCAUGCGGAAGAGGUGGGGGAUGAAGCGAUCAAGAAGGCUGGAUCUGUUGGAGUGUAG